CGAGCGGGGUGCACGUGUAUUCUAUUUUCAAAAUGGCGGGUAAAUCGAAUGGAACGGACGUUGGUCAUUUGGCGGAAUGGGUGCGAGCGCCGCCGCCGACGGGUCCACUGCUUCAAAGAAUCGGAAAAGCCAUAUAUAAUCCUGAGGAGAGAAGUUUUUUGGGACGCACGCCGAAACGGUGGGGCAUCGUGAUUACAUUCUACCUGGUGUUCUACGCGGUGCUGGCGUUAAUGUUCGCGAUCUGUAUGGGAGGGCUUCUACUCAGCCUGAAGAAGGAUGGACCUACGUACACUUUAGACCAGUCUCUUAUAGGUACGAAUCCCGGUGUGACAGCGCGCCCUCUGCCGGACACGGGCGAACUGAAGAUCGACCGCAGUAAUGCCAACUCAACCGACGUGUAUAUCGAUCAGCUGAAUCAUUUCUUUGAGCCGUACGUGACGGACCCGCUGUAUGGGCACGCUGAGUGUGUGCCGGCGGACAACUUCGGGUACCCCGAUACUCCGUGCUUCUUCCUCAAAUUAAACAGGAUAAUCGAUUGGGAGCCACAUUACUACGAUGACGCCGCCAGUCUGCCGGAAGACUUCCCCACGGAGCUGGUCGACCACAUCAAGGGUCUCGCCACUCCGGCUGAACGUUCCCGGAUAUGGGCAUGGUGCUGGGACGAGAACAGCCAAGCUGAACUGGAGUACCCGUGGGGCCGAGCGCUACCCACCUUCCAGACCUUCAAGGCUGGCGCGAAGUACAGAAACCCUAUAGUAGCCGUCAGACUAAAACAAGCGGCCAACAGCACAGUGAUCCGCUGCCGUCUCCUAGCCAAGAACAUCAUCUACAACAAGAGCUUAAAAGAACCAUCUGGCUACGCGCGCAUCAUCGUAAAUGUUGUCAGCGGAACGCCAUCGAACGUUGAAAGUACAGAGUAGGCUUAAAUAUACCAUUUACACCAGCCAUCGCGCCGUGGUGUAGUGAUAUACAUUUUCUAUUAAAUCUAUAAAACAAUACGCAAGUCUCCACAUGAACUAGGCCUCGGAGCGUAACCCUGCAAUGCGGGAUUAUCCUAGGGCAGGCUUAAAGCUACGUUAUGCAUAAGAGAACCUAUCGGUGGAUGGCGUGUGAAGUAGUCGAAAUAUUCUUUUGCUGAAAUUUGAAUUUACAUACAUACAUACAUACAAUCACGCCUGUAUCCCAUGAAGGGGUAGGCAGAGCACAUGAAACUACUCAAGUUUCAGUGCCACUCUUGGCAAAUAAGGGGAUGA